GGGGCCGCAGGGACGCGGUGGGGUCGGAGCUGGCGAUGCGGGUGCGCCUGGGCGCGCUGGCCGGCUCGGCGGCGCUCACCGGGGCGCUCAGCUUCGUGCUGCUGGCGGCCGCCAUCGGCACCGACUUCUGGUACAUCAUUGACACCGAGCGGCUGGAGAGAAGCGGCCCCGGCGCGCAGGACCCGCUGGGGACAGCCAACCGCAGCCAGCCCGAGUCUCUGAGCUCGCACUCCGGGCUCUGGCGGACUUGCCGGGUGCAGAGCUCGUGCACCCCGCUGAUGAACCCCUUCUGGCAGGAGAAUGUGACAGUCAGCGACUCCAGCAAGCAACUUCUCACUCCACUUACGUGUUCACGGUUCCAGUGAGGAAUCGAGGCCAAGGGAGGCGGCCUGGACAGGAUCUGAUGAGGAAAGGAGGACGGGGACCCCCAGACCCUGAACAGCAUGGAGAGCCUCAGGUACAGCUACUGAGGCUUGAGGAUGGGACUCAGAAUAAAGAAGCCGGGCAGGGUCCCUCUUCAGCCACAGUGGCCCUGGGCCACUUCCUGGAGCAUGCCACCCUUCCCAGUCACAAAACUUGGAAUGCAUUGUCCCCUGCACCCAGCGUCUCCCUGCUCCCGCCCUGCCAGCUGACUCCUACCCAUUGCACAGGUGUGUGGCAUUUUUCAGAUAGAAUCUGCCUCCCUCAGUAGACCGUGGACCCCUGAGGUCAGGGAUGGAGUCUAGUUGUGCAUUCUUGACACUUAACCCAGGACCUGGCAUAGUGUGGUCAUGAGUUUGCUGAACACACAUAAGAACUAUUUAACAACUGGCUCUCUGGGAAAUAAUAAUUUUCGAAAAGCCCCUGGAUUGCAGCUUUGCCAAUUACUGUGGCAUAAAUACUUCACCUGUGGUGAAUUUCAGGCUGCAACACAGCAAGCAGUACCUGGCUAAAAAAGUUCCCAGAACUGGCUCUUGUGAGAUCUGUGUGACCCCCAGCACCCCUCUGUGUAAGGCCCCUUGGAGGGGACACCUCCCAGAUGCCUGGGCUGUGGAAGAUAGAGGACAGGUGGGGACACCAUGCACUUCUCUUGCGAUCCAGAUGCAUGGGGUGGAACUCUGGGUGUUCUUGGGGCACGGUUUCUAGCAUCAUCCUGUAUUUGAAGUAAGGGAGAUGAGGGUUCAUCCGGCUCGGACCCUCACAGGAGCCUGACUGGCCCUGAAAUCGGUGUCUUAAUAACCUCUCUGAGCCUCAUUUUCCAUCUUGAUCAAAAUGAGCCAUCAAAACCCUGAGGGGUGUGGCCAGGAUUCCAUAAGAACGAAAAUGCAUGAAAAGAUGAACGUCACCAGGACCUUGUGUGGUGCUGGGGUUGCACUGGGAGCUCCAGGUCACACGAAGGAGUGAGGUGACGGACACAGGCCAAGAGCUCAGUAGGUGUCAGUUCUCUCUUCUUAGCUGCAGUUACACCAUGGAGUGCUGACCCUCUGGCAGGCUGGGUGCUGUCAUGUAGCCACCAUGUCCCAGGGAGGGGUAGGUUGCAUGGCUAGCUGUCCUUGGCACGGGGCUGGCUUCCUUUUCAAACUUGGAAAUGCAACAAGCCUGCUCUCCAGGAUUCUGAGACACAGGCAGAAGUCACGUGGAGAGGCUCCACGUCCAUUCGCCCUCAGAUGUAGGUCUCAUCAUCUGGGCGUCACCACCAGCUAGCCAGCUGGCCUUGAAUGUCCCGACACCCCUGAGCCCCAGCUCCCUCACGGGCAAAAUGAAGGCCACUGUCGAUCUCCCUCCUGAGGCUUCUGUGAGGAUGGCACUGGAGAGCACCUUUAAAGACCUAGGGCAGUGCGCGGCCGGCCUCCACAUGUGGCCACGAGCAGCACUGCUGUUAUUGCCGUGUCUCCUCCAAGAAGGAGGGCAAGCUGCCCCUUCAGACCGCAAGUUCAUUGAAAAUCACCCCCAGAGAGAGCUUUUCCCCCUGGAAUCUCUUCUUCCCUCAAUGCGUUUUGAGUUUGGUCCAAGUUCUUUCAUUACGUGAAGGCUUUUACAUAAAGGCUCCUUCGAGGAGCUGCUGCGGAGGCCAGAGAGGCCAAGCGCUGAUGAGCGUCACUGCUCUGCGUCACCUCCUGGGCAAUCCUGGGGGGGGGGGUGUGUGUGUAUGGGAACAAACCUUGAUCUCCUUCCUCCAAGAACCCAAGCAGGCCCACAGAGAGCUGCUGGGCAAACCCGCCUGGCCUCCCUGACUCUGUCGGACCUGGUGGUGCGGGAAGCUGAGCAGGAACAUCAGGGGCGCGAUCAGUGUGCCCCACGCGCUCAGCGAUUUCUGUCAGGUGGCAGAGCCGGGUUCCCAAGGGACGGUUCCCUGUCAGCAGGAUCCCCCUUGCUCGGGGUUGCGGGGAGCUCUGGGGAGCCAUGGGUUUGGCUCCUUGGCCAGGGACCAGAGGGUGUGGGGUGGCUGGGAUUUCUUCCAGCUCAGCACGGUGUGUGGAGUGGAGCCAGGCUCCCCAGCCAGCAGGGGACAGAAACUCAAGGUCACUAGUUUAAAGAAGAGGAGCUAGGAGCCCAGGCAAGGGAAAGGCUGAGCCCACCACCAUCCAACCCCUCUCCCCUUGCCUCUGUGGGCUGCCUCUCUUCAGCCCCUCGUCUCAGCAGCUUCGCACACUUCCAGCCAGCCUUUCAUUGGAGCAGGUGGGUCACAUGCUUGGUGCUGAGCCAAUCACUGUAGCCAAGAGGAUGGGGUGUGCUGAUUGGCCAGGCUGAGGCAGUGCCCACCUGUAACCACAGGGAUGGACCAGCCUAUAGCUGAUGAGGGAUGGGGCCUGGGGUCCCCUGCCCUCCACUCAGCCAGCCCUGUGACUUCUUAUGGGUCAGCUGGUUCCAUAAAAAGGCUUUUCUGGGAAGAAAUGAGAUCACACAUGCAAAGCACCCCAGGAUGCACACAGUAGGAGCUCAAUUAUUGCCUCUUUCUGCUUGGAAUCAUGUUACCUCUCUGAACCUCAAGGUUUUCAUCUGUAAAAUGGAGCUAGUGAUCACAGACCCACCAGACUCAUUUACUUACUGAGUUAUUUACCUCCCCUACCCCCCCCCCAGCACUGGGCUGGCUGGCUGAACAGAACAGGGGACCCGUGGCUGUUUGUCAAACAUGGCUCUGAGCUCUCUCAUGUGUCCAUCAGCUCGUUUAAUCUUUGCAACAGGCAGUAGUACCCUUAUCAUCCCCAACUUUGCUGGUGAGGAAACCGAGACACAGAUCAGUUAGAUCAGUUACGUAAGUUUGCACAGCAAAACUGGCAGAUCUGGGAUUCGAACACUGUUUGCUUCUACCUUGUUAGAGCAAUGCUACGCUGAGUUUCCUCUCAGUGUGCUCUGUGUACAUUAAGAUCGGAGGCCUUGGCAGCCCCGAAGAGGAGCUUCGUGCCUGCUUUAUUCUGGUUCAGAGUCCUGCUACCUCACACUGCCUCCUUCCCACUGGGAGCAGAGAUGCGCAUUACAAAGAUGGCUGGCAGGGACAUCCCGGAGGCAGGGCGGAGGCAGGGCUGAGCCGGUGGGUUCCAGGCACCCCCAGGAGGCUGGCAUUCCUGGACAGUGUGGCCCAAAGUGCUUCUCAGGGGCGCCCUGGUCUUUCCAGGUCCCUCCUCAGCUGCACCUCCCGAGAUCCCAUGAGGAUGACCAGGCUGGUUGGAUUGGACCAGAGGGGUCAAACGCUUGGCCCAGCACAGUGCACCUGUGGCUGAAGCUGGACCCAGGUCAGCAGGCUGGCCUGGCUGGCCUCUGAGCAGGAAGUUAGGAAUUACCAGUCUGGGUUUCUAGUCUUGCGGGUGCUGGGCUGAUGCAGUAGCAUGGAAAAUUGAAAUCAGCCCUCCCACGGUGCUGGGUGCAGCUCCAGAGGGGAAGUGGUGGGGGACAGAAACAGACAAGGGA